UCUGGACAUCAUGGCAACUUCAUCUGAAGAAGUUUUGCUGAUUGUAAAGAAAGUGCGGCAAAAGAAGCAGGAUGGAGCACUGUACCUCAUGGCAGAAAGAAUUGCUUGGGCACCUGAAGGCAAGGAUAGAUUUACAAUCAGCCAUAUGUAUGCAGAUAUAAAAUGCCAGAAAAUCAGUCCAGAAGGAAAAGCUAAAAUUCAGCUUCAACUGGUCCUGCAUGCAGGCGAUACAACUAACUUUCAUUUUUCCAAUGAAAGCACAGCAGUGAAAGAGCGGGAUGCAGUAAAAGAGCUUCUUCAGCAGCUGCUGCCUAAAUUUAAGAGGAAAGCAAAUAAAGAACUGGAAGAGAAAAACAGGAUGCUUCAAGAAGAUCCGGUUUUGUUUCAGCUUUAUAAAGACCUUGUUGUUAGUCAAGUGAUCAGUGCUGAGGAAUUCUGGGCCAACCGUUUAAAUGUGACAGCAGCAGAGAGUUCCUCCACAGCUAAUCAUAAACAGGAUGUUGGCAUUUCUGCAGCAUUUUUGGCUGACGUUCGACCCCAGACAGAUGGAUGUAAUGGUCUGAGAUACAAUUUAACUUCUGAUAUUAUUGAGUCCAUAUUUAGAACCUAUCCAGCAGUAAAAAUGAAAUAUGCAGAAAAUGUUCCACACAACAUGACAGAAAAAGAAUUCUGGACCCGUUUUUUUCAGUCCCAUUAUUUUCACAGGGACCGACUGAAUACAGGGUCAAAGGACCUAUUUGCAGAAUGUGCCAAAAUAGAUGAAAAAGGAUUAAAAACAAUGGUUUCAUUAGGGGUGAAAAAUCCACUACUUGAUUUGACAGCUUUAGAAGAUAAACCAUUGGAUGAGGGUUAUGGCAUUUCCUCUGUGCCCUCUACUUCCAAUUCUAAAUCUCUGAAGGAGAAUAGUAAUGCUGCCAUCAUCAAAAGAUUUAACCAUCACAGUGCCAUGGUUCUGGCAGCAGGUCUCAGGAAACAAGAAGCACAAAAUGAACAGAACGGUGAGCCCAGCAGCAUGGAUGGAAAUUGUGGAGAUGCAGAUUGCCUUCAGCCUGCGGUCAAAAGGGCAAAGUUACAAGAGUCCAUUGAAUAUGAAGACUUGGGAAAAAAUAACUCUGUAAAAACAAUUGCACUAAACCUCCAGAAGUCAGAUAGGUAUUACCAUGGUCCUACCCCAAUUCAGUCUCUACAGUAUGCAACAAGUCAAGAUAUUAUUAAUUCUUUUCAAAGUAUUAGACAUGAAAUGGAAGCUUACACACCUAAAUUAACUCAGGUUCUCUCAAGUAGUGCCGCCAGCAGUACCAUUGCAGCACUGUCACCUGGAGGAGCACUUAUGCAAGGAGGGACACAGCAAGCCAUAAACCAGAUGGUGCCAAAUGACAUUCAGUCUGAAUUAAAACACCUGUAUGUGGCUGUUGGAGAACUUCUCCGGCACUUCUGGUCCUGCUUUCCUGUUAAUACACCAUUUUUAGAAGAGAAGGUAGUGAAAAUGAAAAGUAAUUUGGAACGAUUUCAAGUUACAAAGCUCUGCCCAUUCCAAGAGAAAAUUCGGAGACAGUAUUUAAGCACAAAUUUGGUAAGUCACAUAGAGGAGAUGCUGCAGACAGCCUACAACAAGCUCCACACGUGGCAGUCACGGCGUCUGAUGAAGAAAACGUGAAACAUCUGUGGUUCUCACAAGUUUGUGAGAUUGAGAGAACUAUGCCCAUCAUGACUCUGGAAACCUGGCCUGACAGACCUGCACGUGAUCACUCAAAAGUGAACUGCAGCACACAGACUCUCAGAGCCGAUGCUAUUGUACUUGCACAUUGUGAAGUAAAAAAAGGAACUGUGAUUAAAUACAAAGCUGGGGAGGUGAAUUAAGGCAGAACCAAAAGGAACUAAGUUGCAAAUAUAUAUUUUAAAAAGACACUGUUUACUGCAGUUACUCAGGAACUGCUUUUGAUUCACAUUAAGCUGCUUUCAGAAAAUUGAAGAAAAAAAAUACUUUUAAAAAG